AUGUGUAACUUGGACACAGAAACACUGCAGAAACAUUUUCCACUAACGGGUCCUAAAUGGAAAUCUGACUCAGGAAGCUCCUUCAAAGGAGAAGAAUUACCUCAGGAUGUGGUUGAAACAAUAAAGAAGAAAGUCUUGGAAGGUAUUCCCAGAGAUUGGAAUUUCUCACAUUAUAGAUCCUUCUUCAAAGAAAAUGAUGUAUUAUUCCACACCCUUGAAGAAUUCUCUCCCAAGAAGAAAAACACACCAACUAAAGAACAAAGGACAUUGAAAUAUGAUGCAACUUUUUCUCAAGGUUUCAAGGAAAAGAUGAACUCAAUGUCAUCCAGCUUCAAGUUUCUUGAAGAAUUAAACAACAUCAGAGAUUACUUAAUUAAGUCUGAAGUCUACACUUGGACUCCAAAAGAUCUCAAGGCCUGGUCAAAUCAGGAGGAUAACAACAUCACCAAAGAGUUCCUUGGCAGAUCUGUGCAUUAG